GCGAUGGCUGCGCCGGGGCAGGGCGCGGGGGCUGCGCGCCGCCGCGGGCGGCUCCCGCUGCUGCUGCUGCUGGGGCUGGCGGCAAUCUUGCCACCGUUCCUGUCCUCGCUGAAGAUAUCCCCACUCAUAGAAAAAAUAAGUGACCACAAGGAUUUCAAGAAGCUUCUCAGGACGCGGAAUAACAUAUUAGUGCUGUAUUCAAAAUCUGCUGCUGCUGCGGAUAGCUCACUCAGGUUACUGUCCAGUGUGGCCCAGGAGGUGAAGGGACGAGGCACUAUCAGCUGGAUAGACUGUGGUGAUACUGAAAGCCGAAAAUUAUGCAAGAAGAUGAAAGUAGAUCCUAAUUCAAAGGAGAAAGGAGUGGAAUUACUCCAUUAUAAGGACGGUGCAUUUCAUACUGAGUAUAACAGAGCUGUCACAUUGAAGUCCAUGGUGGCCUUUCUCAAAGAUCCUGAAGGUGCUCCAUUGUGGGAGGAGGAUCCCGAAGCCAAAGAUGUUGUGCAUGUUGACAGUGAAAAGGAACUGAGAAGGCUUCUGAAGAAGGAAGACAAACCUCUUCUGAUGAUGUUCUAUGCCCCGUGGUGUGGUGUUUGUAAGAGAAUGAUGCCAUCUUACCAGCAAGCAGCCACAGAACUGAAGGGUAAAUAUGUACUUGCAGGGAUGAAUGUUUACUCUGCUGAGUUUGAAAGGAUAAAGGAAGAAUACAAUGUCCGGGGAUAUCCUACAAUCUGCUAUUUUGAGAAAGGAAAGUUCCUGUUCCACUUUGAGAACUAUGGUGCUACUGCGACAGAUAUAGCAGAGUGGCUGAAAAACCCACAGGCACCUCAGCCACAGGCUCCUGAGACUCCUUGGGCAGACGAGGAAAAUGUAGUUUAUCACCUGACUGAUGAGGACUUCGACAAGUUUAUAAAAGAUCAUUCAUCUGUGCUAGUGAUGUUCCACGCACCCUGGUGUGGACACUGUAAGAAAAUGAAACCAGAAUAUGAGAAAGCUGCAGAGUUUCUCCAUGUAGCCAGUGAUAGUCCAGGUGUCCUUGCAGCAGUAGAUGCUACUGUCAACAAGGCACUAGCAGAAAGAUACCACAUCUCAGGAUUUCCUACUUUGAAGUAUUUUAAGGAUGGAGAGGAGAAAUACACUCUGCCACACCUCAGAACAAAGAAGAAGAUCAUUGACUGGCUGCUAAAUCCUGAAGCACCACCUCCGCCUGAGCCUGCAUGGGAAGAAAAACAAACUAGUGUUAUCCACCUUGCUGGAGAAGAUUUCAGGGAGUCCUUGAAGAAGAAGAAGCACACCCUUGUCAUGUUCUAUGCCCCAUGGUGCCCACACUGUAAAAAUUCAAUUCCGCAUUUUACAACUGCUGCUGACGUCUUUAAAGAAGAUCGAAAGAUCGCCUAUGCUGCGGUGGACUGUGCCAAAGAACAGAACCAUGACCUGUGUAAGCAGGAGGGGGUUGAUGGCUACCCCACCUUUAACUAUUACAACUAUGGGAAAUUCAUAGAAAAAUAUACUGGAGAGAGAGGGGAGUCUGGAUUCAUCACUUUCAUGCGAACCCUUAGAGAAAGAGACCAUGAAAGAGUAGGAAAGAAGAAGGAUGAAUUGUAAUUUCUGCCUCAAAGGAAGCUUUCCGCUGCACUGUGAAUGGUUCCAGGUCUAUCAUUGCUGCACCUGAGACUUCACAUACUCUCAAGACAGAGACUUUUUUUUUUUUUAUAAACAGCCAUGGCCAUUUUGUACAAUUUUGAAAUAAAGUGAAACCACUUGAUUUUUAAAAGGAAAAUAAAUUAGAAUGUUGCCAUAAUGUUUGAAAGAAAACUUAGCAUUUUCUCUCAUGUUGUGAGACUAUGCCCACUGACACUCCUAUGCAAUAUUUUUGUAGUCUGUAGUGUGUCUGUAGGUGAUAUUGUUUGUUGGGGUGUUUUUUUAAAGAUACUGCAGUACAUGUUUAAAUGGGGGGGGGGGGGCAGGUCUGUCUUUUAAACCGGUGAAGGAAAGUGGAACUUGUAAGAAACAAGUUUAUCCAAAUGCAGUUUUCCAUUCUUGUUUCCAUUCUUGUAAAAUAAUCUCACUGAAGAACAUGUAACUUGGGGGAACAAUUUUAAGGUGCUCAGGGAUAAAUAAGGUAUCUGAGUUAAUGAAGACAUUAACAUUGACCAGUCCAGAUACAGUAAUUUUCGUUUUAAUCUCUCUGCCAGGACUGUUUACAUAGCUUUUAUAGAAUGUAUUGAGUUAAUUGUGCAGAAAUCAGCACAGCAUGGACAAGAUCCAAUAAAAUUCCUCCUUUUUUGGCAUCAGUAUUGUUAAAUGCCCUUAUAAAUUACAGUAGGAGGAAUUACCUUAUAGGCUACAGGAUUGCCCUUAAAAUUUAUGAUCGGGCCAUAUGAAAUGUGUAUUGGAAAGUGUUAUGUUUGACUGUUUUGAUUAAUGCAUAAUACUUCUGAUAAUGCAGCAGCUGUGUAUGCUACAUGUUUACAUCCCAGAAGUUUGUCUAUAUUCGUAUAUAGGAUUUUUCCUUUUGCUCUUUAAGGAGUUACGUAAAGAAUCUCUCUUUGACAAAGAGUCAUCACUAUAAAAACUGUAUUAGAAGCAGCAGUCAAAACUUGUUACACUCUGGAUGCUUAAAAAAGAGGUUACGUUGAUCUGGAGGUACUUACGUCUUCAAAGGAGGGGGAGAGGGAGAGGCUGGAAGUUGUGAUUCACUUUGAACUACAAAUAAAUAAAUAAAUAAAUAAGUUAGCCUCAUCCAGGUUCUUCCCCGCUGGG